AUGCCGGCGGCGUGGUCCGGUCGGUCUGAUCGGGAAGGCUUGAUCUUUUUUGUUGGUGCUGUUGUCUGGAGGGUGGUGGCAGCGGAGAUGGGCGUCGGAGGGGAGAAGUUCCAGCUGGGGACGGUGGGGGCGCUGGGCCUCUCCGUGGUGUCCUCCGUGUCCAUUGUCAUCUGCAACAAGGCCCUCAUGAGCUCCCUCGGCUUCACCUUCGCUACCACCUUGACGAGCUGGCAUCUCCUGGUCACUUUCUGCUCCCUUCAUGUGGCACUAUGGAUGAAGUUUUUCGAGCACAAGGCUUUUGAUUCGAGAACUGUCAUGGGAUUCGGAGUACUCAAUGGCAUCUCCAUUGGGCUCCUCAAUCUGAGUCUUGGUUUCAAUUCUGUUGGCUUUUACCAGAUGACAAAGCUGGCCAUCAUCCCCUGCACUGUUAUUUUGGAGACUCUUUUCUUCAGGAAGAAGUUCAGCCGGACUAUCCAGAUCUCCCUUUCCGUGCUUCUUUUGGGUGUCGGUGUUGCAACCAUGACUGAUUUGCAACUCAAUGCUGUGGGGUCCAUACUGUCCUUGCUGGCCAUUAUCACGACUUGCAUCGCUCAAAUCAUGACAAACACUAUUCAGAAGAAAUUCAAGGUUUCUUCAACCCAGCUGCUAUAUCAGUCUUGUCCUUACCAGUCAUUGACACUGUUUCUUAUCGGCCCGUUCCUUGAUGGAUUCCUGACUAACCAAAACGUCUUUGCUUUCAAUUACACAUCUAACGUUGUGUUUUUCAUCGUCUUGUCGUGUUUGAUAUCGGUCUCAGUAAACUUCAGCACCUUUCUUGUGAUCGGAAAGACAUCUCCUGUUACUUACCAAGUCCUGGGCCAUCUUAAAACAUGCCUAGUUUUGACCUUCGGCUACGUUUUGCUUCAUGAUCCGUUUAGCUGGAGAAACAUACUUGGCAUCCUAAUUGCGGUUGUUGGGAUGGUACUAUAUUCAUACUUCUGCUCAACAGAGACUCAACCAAAAAAUACCGAUGUCUCCGCACAGCAGUCAAAAGAAGGUGACUCGGCACCUUUGAUCUCUGAUUCUUUGAGCAAAGUUGAAAAUGGAGGUGAUGACGAUGAGCCUUUGAAGGUACCGAUGUGGAGCUCAAAGUACUCAAGGGCGUGA